AUGACAGAAAGCACAGAACUUGCUAAACCAACUGAAACAAAGACUACAGUUAAGAAAUUUAAAUGUUCUAUGAAAGGAUGUGAUAAGCAAUACACGCGAUCUACACUUUUGAAGCAACAUGUUUUAUCACAUACCAAUGAAAGACCAUAUGUUUGCAACGUUUCUGGAUGUGGGAAAAGUUUUAUUAGACCAUGUCAUUUAAGGGUUCACAAAUGGACGCACUCUCAAGAGAAGCCUCGCAAAUGUCAGAUAUGCGGUAAAGGCUUUAUUACUAACCAACAGUUAAAAAGGCACCUUACAUCUCAUGCAAACAAGACAAGACGUCAAUACGAGAAACAGAUGAACGAGAAAAAUUUCGAAGAAGCAGAAAAAUUAUUGGCUUUACUUAAUGAAAUAUCUUUAAAAAAUCCAGACAUAGCAAAGAGUAAUGAAACAACAAACAAGAUACCCCCUCUCAAUAAUGUACCUGAAUUAUCUACACAAGAUCAGCAGAUAUAUAAUUAUUUAGAUGACAAUAUACCCCAACAGAGUAACUUGAUGCCAGCAAAUACAGCAUUGAAAUGUCCGUAUACGUCAUGCACACUUGAAUUUCAAUCGAGCCAUAGUUUAGCAGAUCAUAUGCUUGAAUGUCAUGUGAUGAGUCCACUUACUGGUUUAACACCAAUAUAUCCUGGAGAUGAAGAAUAUGAUCCCAUAUAUGAGACAAUUUUUGAACCUGAAGAACCGGUAAAGGAGUAUGAAACUACCAAAGACAAUAACGUACAAAGCGACACAGUUCCUCAAUUACCUUCUCCUUCCUUAAGCACUAAAACAGAUACACCAAAUACCGUCGUUUCAUUAUCUGAAUUGCUAUUAGAAAAGCCCCAAUACUCAAACUCUAUCAACACAGUUGUGCCUGCUAAUCUGAACUCCAGCAACGACAAUGACAUUAACAAUGUGGUGUCGACAAAGAAUGAUAGUUUGGUGAACAUGAAUAACUCUCCUGCAAAAAUUUCUGCAGACAUUCAGACCAUACCUGAGAGAAGUCAAUAUGUUUCACUUAAUGAGGUGGAAAACGAAUUUUUAUCAUGGAAGAAUUCGUGUUGUAAGGAAUCAAGUUGUUUGCAUUUGGUACCUUUUCAUUCUGCUUUUGACUUGAUUGAACAUUAUGAUCACUUCCACUCUUUUAUUCCAUCAAGUCUGGUCAAAUAUGGUUACAUGUGUAUAUAUGGUGAAACAUAA